AUGCGCAUAAAUGGGACUCAUGUUGUAUCUCAGCUGAUUCCAUCGCGCCCGCAGCUCGCUGUCAGGCAUGGCGCAUUCUUCACUCAUCGGUGUCAUGUUCACCGAACCAUCUGCCACCAUGCCCGCCGUCCUCUCCUACGCGUUGGAGCUCCGGUUCCCGGUCAGCAUUUCGACAGAAGAGGUGCAAAGACAAAAUCUACAGUGAAGCUGAAGGAUAUUCCGCAAGGAGCGUUAAAGCUGGAGCCAUAUGACAAUGGAACGGAUGAAGCGCCUCGAUACCCCACGGUUCUCCAGGGACACAGGAACAAUAUGCAGAAGUUCAGGAACUGCGUCGUUUUGACGAGAGUAGGAGGCUUCUACGAGUUGUACUUUGAGCAAGCUGAAGAAUUAGCAGCAUCGCUCAACAUUAAGCUUGCCUCCCGGAGAACCAGUGCUGGGCCGGUGCCCAUGGCCGGGUUUCCUUACUUCCAGUUAGAUCGCUUCCUGAAAAUUCUUGUCCAAGAUCUCAACAAGUACGUGGCUAUCAGCGAGGAGUUUGCAAACGGUGCAGAAGAUAAAGCACGAUCGGGUGGUCUUCUCUUUGAUCGCAAGGUGGCCAGGAUUAUUACACCUGGGACAUUGAUCGAUGAGAAGUUUAUGGAUCCUACGGAGAACAACUUUUUGCUGGCAGUGUACCUCGAUGUUCCGGCGUUGAAAGCACAAUUGGAGCGGCAGGAUGGAUCAUCGGAGCAACACGUAUUGUCGUCUGCAUCACAGCACGUAGGCUUGUCAUGGCUGGACCUGUCAACCGGUGAUUUCUUCACGCAGCACACAACGGCACAGAUGCUCCCAUCCGCCAUUGCCAGGAUCGGGGCUCGCGAAAUCCUCGUGGACCAGAAACUUCAAGACUUGGUUGGACAGGAGCUGCAGCUGCUUCUUGGGCAGGAACAUCGGUUGCUUACCUUCUUCCAGCUCCCUCAAAAGGUUGCCCCAAUGUCAGAAUGGAGUUCUAUGCUGGAAACACCAAUUCCUACCAAGGCCAUCGAUUCCUUCACGGUUGAAGAAGUUGCUGCUGGCUAUAGUCUAUUGGAGUACAUUCGGGUUCAGUUACAGCGGUCAGAUAUGAAACUUCAGCCUCCCCGUCGUCGCCACUUGGAUGAAUCGAUGAGUAUUGAUCGGAAUAGCUUGAGGGGAUUGGAGAUUGUAGAAACUGCUCGAGACGGGUUUGGGAAGGGCAGUUUACUUCAUGCUGUCCGGCGAACCUCUACUAAAAGUGGGGCCCGCUUGCUGAGAGAUCGUUUAACAUCUCCUUCUACUUCGCUACAUGUUAUCAAUGAACGGCUUGAUCUCGUCUCCUCAUUCAUGGAAGAGGAAGACCUACGUGAUGGUGUUACGCAGUUGCUGAAACGCAGCUAUGACGCCCAGCGCUUGGUUCAAAAGUUCACUCUAGGCCGGGGAGAUCCAGAUGAUUUGAUUUGCCUUUCUAGAGCGAUAGAAGCUUCAAAGGAGAUUAAGCGGGUUUUAUCAUAUGCAAGCUCGGGAUCCAAUUCGCAGGUGAAUGAAAGCCUGGCCACCAUGGUUGAUCGACUUCAUCUCGAUGGGCCUAGUGUGUUGGCAGAUCGUAUCUCGGCCGCCAUUGAUGAGGAGGGUCUGCUACAGAAGCAGCGCAUUGAAGAUGACACCGCUGCUGAAGCGGCAAUGCUGGCGCAAAAAGUGACCAUCGACGAAGGCAUGCCAGGGGAUCUUGAGUCUUUACCAAAGAAAGUGAAAAGCAAAAACAAUGAGCGUACAGGAUCAGAUGAUGGUGGAGCUGUUGACACUUGGGUCAUGAGAAGUGAUGCAAGCCCGGCUUUACGUAAACUUCAUCGGUCACUUGAAAAGCUUCAUGAUGAUAGGGCAGCGCUGACUCAACGUCUUCGCGACUAUGUGGGUUCAUCAGCCAUUUCACUCAAAUGGACACCUGGACUGGGGCAUAUCUGUCACGUCAAAGGGGCCAAGGUUUCCCAGCAAUCUCUUGAGGAGCUAGGCGUGACGCGGAAUGUCUCAUCGACAAAGUCUACUAGAUCGUUCUAUCUCCCGGCAUGGACAGAACUGGGUGGUCAGAUGGACCAAGUCAAGCUCCAAAUACGUCAGGAAGAGAACGCGAUUUUCGAAAGUCUACGUCGCGAGGUGAUUCUGAACUUGGUCAAGAUCCGACGCAACGCAGCCGUGAUGGACGAACUGGACGUGGCAUGUUCAUUUGCAACACUAGCUCAAGAACAACAUCUCGUGCGACCUACGAUGAACAAGGGAACCUCGCACAAGAUCGUUGGAGGACGACACCCAACAGUCAAGCUGGGACUGGAAGAACAAGGACGCAAGUUCGUCAGCAAUGAUUGCUUCAUAGGCGACCCAGAACGAAUCUGGCUCAUCACCGGUCCCAACAUGGCGGGCAAAAGCACCUUUCUCCGACAGAACGCGUUGAUCACGAUCCUCGCGCAGGUGGGAUCAUUUGUCCCUGCAGCUUACGCCGAGAUAGGCAUUGUGGAUCAGAUCUUCAGCCGGAUUGGCGCAGCCGACGAUCUCUUCCGAGACCAGUCCACGUUCAUGGUGGAGAUGCUUGAAACAGCCGCGAUUCUGAAGCAAGCCACGGCGCGAUCGUUUGUGAUUAUGGACGAGGUCGGACGGGGGACGACGCCGGAGGAUGGCACGGCAGUCAGUUUCGCGUGUCUGCACCAUCUGCAUUAUCGCAAUAAAUGCCGGACGUUGUUUGCCACUCACUUCCACGCUCUGGCUGAUAUGACGGAUGACUUUGAUAGUUUGGGGAGGUACUGUACCGAUGUGAAGGAGACUGCGUCUGGGACGUUUUCAUUCAUCCACCGACUGCGGAAGGGGGUGAAUCGCGAAUCGCACGCCUUGAAGGUAGCACAGCUGGCAGGAUUACCCAAGGAGACGAUUGAGAUGGCGCGACGAGUGCGGAUGUAUCAUAGUGUACAAUAG